UGCUGGGUCCACAGUGUGACAUGGGUCCCUGUACCGCCUCCCAUUGCUCCCACUCUGCCAUGUGCCACUUUCAGGUCUCCUCACACUCCUGCUGGUUUCCAUUUUGUCAUAGGUUGCUGGCAGAUUACAGGCCUCCCAUAGGUGCUGCCAGGCCCCAAAUCUGCCAUGGGCCCCCGUACCGCCUGGUCACGCUGCUGCUGGGUCCACAGUGUGACAUGGGUCCCUGUACCGCCUCCCAUUGCUCCCACUCUGCCAUGUGCCACUUUCAGGUCUCCUCACACUCCUGCUGGUUUCCAUUUUGUCAUAGGUUGCUGGCAGAUUACAGGCCUCCCAUAGGUGCUGCC